UCUCCCCGGCCACUGAGGAAGACCCACAGCCUCUCUCGACCCCGCUGCACACACCCAGAGGACUGCGAGAACAACGGGCUUAACAGCGCCAGCUGGGGUGGGGGCGCAUAGAUCCGGGUUCCAGGCCCAGUUCUGCGUGGCCUCAAGCAAGCCAUUCAACCUCCCUGAUCCUCAGUUUUCCCAUCUGUCAAAUGGGGCAGUGGUGGCACCCCCUUUCCAGGAAAUGGUGUCUCUCGGCCACCUCUUCGUUUUCUGUGUGGGUCUCCUCGCCAUGGCCAACGCAGAAGCUCCACAGGAACACGACCCAUUCACCUAUGACUACCAGUCCCUGCGGAUUGGGGGCCUCAUCAUCGCCGGGAUCCUCUUUAUCCUGGGUAUCCUCAUCGUCCUGAGCAGAAGGUGCCGGUGCAAAUUCAACCAGCAGCAGAGGACUGGGGAACCUGAUGAGGAGGAGGGAACUUUUCGCAGCUCCAUCCGCCGUCUGUCCACCCGCAGGCGGUAGAAACACCUGGCGCGAUGGAACCCAGCCAGGUCCUGCAGCUCUGACUAGGCUGGGGGA